AUGCAGCGCACGGAUAGCACUUCAUAGGUGAAGUUUUGACACUGGAUGGGCCCACGAUGUUAUCGUUAAGGUUCUGUACCCGGCUUAUCAGGGCAUUGAGCUCUGCAGCCUCUGGGAAGCCUCAGUUUGACAACUCCAUAGAUUUUUUGUCUAAUGUUCCUCACCGCAAGCAUCCAGGAAUCUUGCACUUGAAUAUAGUACGUCUGCCACAGGAAGCUGAGGAUGCAGCCAAGUAUAUUCUAAAAAAAUGCCAUAUCCAAGGUAUGGAAGAGCAUGCAGCUGCUUUGAGUAACUACCUAUGGAGCAGGAAACGCCCUAUUGAGGAUACUGAAUUGAGGAUAAAAGCAUCAGCAAUAGAGGAUGAGUUUAAAGCCAGAUUACCAGAUUCAGAGGAGAACACUCCUGCAUAUAAGGGAAAGAUAAAAAGUCAAGUACUAAAUGCUUUGCGUAAGCAAACGUAUAACUGGCAGCCUUUGAGUUACACAGAGCAGACUGCCACGGUGUAUUUGGCUGCGCGCUUUGAUGGAGGAUAUGCUGCAGUAACAAGAGCUCUACAAGAGAUACGUCAGCGUGUUCCUGAUUUUACGCCUCAGACAUUGUUGGAUUUUGGCUCUGGUGUUGGAUCAGUUUCAUGGGCAGCGCAUUCUAUAUGGGGUACCAGUCUGAAAGAGUACAUGUGUGUUGACAGUUCAGAAUCAAUGAACCAGCUCAAUGAAUUGAUUUUGAGAGGUGGAGAAGAGACAGGCGAUAUUGGUGGUCAGGUGCAGUAUGACUUGGUGAUUUCUGCUUUCUCCUUAAAUGAGCUUCCCAACCUGUCUGCAAGACAAAUGAACAUCCGGGCUUUAUGGAGGAAAACAGGAGGUUUCCUGGUGCUGGUGGAAAAUGGCACUAGAGAAGGCCAUCAACUUUUAAUGGAGGCCAGAGAAACUAUCUUAAGAGUGAGUGACAAGGAAAUUUGGGACCAUCGGCCAGCAUGUAUAUUUGCUCCGUGUCCUCAUCAACUGGAAUGUCCCAGACUGGCUGAAAGCUCCAAGCUGCCCUGUAACUUUGUGCAGCAGUACCAUUCAUUACCACUAAGAUGGCACCCACCCCACCGCUGGGAGAAGUUUUCCUUUUUGGUGUUUUCCCGUGGCACUGUGAGUGAAAAUGGUAACCAGUGGCCACGUGUAAUUGGACCUGUGCUGUCAAGACCACGCCAUGUUCACUGCCACACAUGUGGCGCUGAUGGGAAGCUACACCAUGAUGUCAUCACACCUCAGAGGCACGGAAGGGACCUGUACCGCUGUGCUAGGAAUUGUGAAUGGGGAGACCGUCUACCAGCACUAAUUUCUCACUCUACUGAUCCUGAUACGUGUGAAAAUGAGAAGACAAAUGAUUCAUGAUAAUGGAGCAGA